AGGUAUCUACCAACAAAAAGGUUCAAUUGACAAUGUCUGGCCAAGCUAUAGGAGUAACGGGUUCUUCCAACAAAAAGAUUCAAAACGAAUAAUCAGUUUUGAUUUGAUAAACUCUGAGAGAUUCAGAAUAGAAAACUACAAACUGAAAAGUGACAAAAACAAUUAUGAUUGGGAAAAGUUUGAGAGGAAGAACACGAAUGCGACCUUACGAAGAGAUGAAUGGAACAGACACGACCUGGGCAAGUUCAAAGACACUUUAAGGGUUUCAGGUAGUUUAGCCGGACAUCAAAAAGACGGAAGCACAUUUGAAAGGCCAGAAGAACGGAAGCUUGCGGAAGAGAUAUGCUUCCUUUGCUUUUCUAAAUAUGAUAACCAGCAAGGAUGUAUCCUACUAGAAUGUUGCGUAUCAGCAAUUACAGACGAACGUGUCGAAAAAAGAUCAAUGGAUGGAUUUAUUGAGCAUAAACGGGUUUAUUGUGAUACUUUCAAUGGUGCGACAUUCAAAAUAGUGAUGAAACAAGGAAGGGAACAGACCGCCACCCUACACUUUAGUGGCAGUUCUGAUGAUGCUGUCUGUUUAACGUUAGACGAAAAUGAUCCUAUUGCUUAUGUUAAAGUAUACACACAGCUCCAAAUGCAUCUACUUACUUCGUUCGACGUAGUCAUUCCUAAGGACCAUGGCAAUUUUCCUACACUCUCCAAAGCACGUACAUACGUAGUAGUGGGUUACAGUGUAACAAGAUAUAUGGUUGCCGAAAAGAAAACAUGUAUGGAUAUCGAAUGUUUAAGGAAAAACAAAAGCGACCAUGACGAAUUAGAUAUACCUGUUGUGAUGAAAUAUAGAGGAGCAUGUUUUUUGUGUUUUUCAAUAAACGAUUCACAACGAAGCGAAGUUGUCUUAGAAUGUUGUUUAUCACGAACGGCUCCAGAGCGUAUUGAACAAAGAACAAUAGGUGGUUAUAGAACGCAUGGACAAGUUGACGUCAUGGCCUGUUGGGGUAAAACAUUCAAAAUUGUCAUGCAAGAUGAAUCAGAGCAUACAGCGGAAAUAAACUUCGCUGAACUUUAUCAAGAAAUUGAUUUACAAGUGAAGAGCUUUACACAGACAUUGGUAACUGUUGUUGUUUACGAAUGCGAUCAAUAUGGAUCAAAGACCAUCAAACGAUUUACUGUCGACAGGCGAGGCCACCUUAUGGACUUUCAAGAGAAUAUCAAUAGUAAACGCGGCAAAUUACCCAAGACGCAUGAUGCCAUGAGCAUAAAUGGAAGAACAAAAGAAAUUCAGUCCACAGACGACGCUACGAACGUAAGGGCUUCAAACAUGGCACUCAUUGAUGGACUACUAUCUUCGUCAUCACAUUGGAGGAUAAUCAGAUUAGCUAGUUGUGUGAAAUUGUACGACGAAGUGUUACAUGCAUUUUCAAACAAAUAUAACUUUUCAGCAAGAUCGUUUGCAAUGCGGAAGUCCCAAAAAGAAAUGAAUGAAAAGCUUAGAAACAGAAAGAAACUUUCUCCAAAGACUGCGAGAUUAAAAAGAAAAGCAUCAUCAAAAUAUAAGAAAUGGGAUUCUCAUAUGAGCAGUUUAAGGACAAUGUACGUGUCUUCGACAAUAAAGAAAAGGACAUUGCAUGAUUGGUUGCAACACACAUCAUUCACUUUUAAACGAUUGAGACAUCCGACGCUGAUACUAUCAAAAACAAGUGUUGAGAAGAAGGAUAUUCCUAUGAAUACAACGGAAAGGCCUUGCGAAGUGUUGCCUGAAGCCUAUAAGAAAGAACAGCAUCCUCCAGCAGCCAGUAUUCAAGUUGAUUAUGUGCGAAACGAUGCCAAAAUGUUUAAAGUGUACAGCUACGUACGAAGACGAAUCGACGAAGCAAUCGUGCUGUGUGGAGAUGAACAAAGCAGUUCAAAAUUUUGUUCAGCGAGCAUUUGGAUAAUAUUUUCUGACGACCAAUCGACAUCAGGCAAUAAUUUCUGCGAAGCGUUUACUGAUAUACAGCGCGGAUCAAUUGAAUCGAUUCUCGAUAAAGAUCCAUCUGUUAUUGUGUCCAUUGGAAAGAACGAAGAAUGUUUCGCAACACUUGGACAAAAAUCUGCAGACAAACCGAUGACUCCAAUUAUUUGCAAAAUAACACCCACAUUUCCAACAGACACGAAUAUUGAACGCAAAUCUAUUCAUAGACCGUGGGGUUUUGAACUUUUUACAAAGGAUUUAUCAAAAGACAACGUGGUGGCAUAUGUUGACGAUGUGUUGGAAUACUACGCCUUUGAGGUGCUUGACAGAGCUACAAAACAUCUUCCCGGAUCAGGUGAAAUAACUUCAAGAGUUAUUGCUCAAGUACAAAGCUUUCAUGAUGAGUACAUGCCAAUGCCCGAAAUUUUAAAGAGGGAAAAUUUAGGAAAGAAAAUUACAAAAAUGGAGAUGAUUUCGAAACAGGUUUUGGCUUUGCCGCAAGUGUUUGCAUGUGAUAUUUCGGAGAGUACAUUGAGGGUAAUGAUGCUUCAAAAUGACGAAACAGCAAGGGAAGAAGUAGCAAACAACAUAAAAAUGAUGGGACUCUCCGAUGAAGAUUUUUUCCUUCAGAUUGUAGAUAUACAACCACUUGCAAAAAUCGAAAGCGGCUCCCAAGUGUAUGCUUGUGGAUCACCACGUAGAGGAACACUCGGGGGGUUCGCAAAGUUUACCUACAGCCACAUAGAUACAACUCACGAUGUUGCGAUAACCGCUAAACAUGUUGUUGAUAUAUUCGAGCCUUUGACGCUCUGCGUCAAUAAUCAAACAAUUGGACCGGUUUUGGAAGAUAGAAUCACAUAUGAUAUUGCCAUAGCAAGAGUUACUGCUAAUAAAGACAAAUACGAAACACGUUUCCGAAAUGAAAAUGAGGACUUGUGUUUCGCGGACUUGUAUCAUGAAAACAUACAAGUGCUGAAAAAUAAAGCAGUACAUUUUUAUGGUGCAACAACUGGUCUUGCUAAAGCAAAUAUAUCGGGUAUAAGCAUCGGGACUUCGUUUGAAGAUGACUAUAACUUGAUAACAAUUGGGAAGCAAAACAAGUCAGCUUUAGCUGCGCCAGGAGACAGUGGAGCGAUGAUACUUUUGGAACGAAAUCCGCGAUGUCCAGAAAAAAAUAUGUAUGCUUUAGGGACAUUAGUCGGCGAAUUUAAUUCCCGGGAAGAACAAGGUGCCGAUACAAGCCGACCAAAAUUACCUGUCAAGAACGAAACCGAAAAACCUGUUCAAUUAACAAAAAACCCUACAUACUCUGGAAAACCAAUGCAGACAGAAAACCCCAAACAGGUUUUUACACCCUCUGCACAUACAAUAUCCUUUCAAAAUGCAGUGCCCUCGGAAGACCAAUAUCAGACGACCAUACCUACACACGCGGAUGAUACAAGGCAUCCAGAAAAUCCAAUGACUCUCGAAGACACAACAAACUCGGAAAAUCAUUUGUCAACGGAAGAUAAAAUGUCCUCAGAAUGUUCUUUGCCGAUUAAUGAUGAUGCAAGUCGGCAUGGUUCUACACCUUCAUCGAAUACUCACAAAACAUACCUAAUAGUUCCACUGAAAAAGGCAUUCGAUCAGCUUUCGAAGAAACAUGGUGGCAGAUUUUCUCUUUUUACAAAAUAAUGCCACAUUGUUGUAAGUUUCUUAAUGAAAUUGAACAAAGAAUUGUGUACAGUAACAUAAGUUUGAAAUUUUGUUGAGUUACUUUACCUCAGAUGUACACUAUUGUGUUUACUGUUGGGACAAGUGAAAAGUUUGAUACCCAUAGACUAGUUUAUUUCCCUCUCACUCAGUGAACCCUUUAGUUCCUAUUAUAUUAUAAAGGCAACUAAAAAAAACAAUGUCAUUAAGAAUUGUAAAAAUGGGAAUACUGUUUCGACAACGAUUUCCACAGUUUCUGCUCAUUACUCAAUAAAGGAAUUUAAUUUUGAUUGCAGAACACAGUUUAUUCAAUAGUGCUUUGUUCUGAAACUAUUGGCAUUCUGGUAGUUGUCCUUGAGUUUUGCUGUAUGAUCUAACAGUUUUUAUACAUAUUAUAAGUGGGAAUUGGUGUGCAAGUGACUGAAAUCCUGGAAUUUAAAUAUUAUUUGUUUAAAGUUGUCUGCAUCUCCAAUUAAUUAUUUUAUGUUAUACUUAUUUCGGUAUGUUGAUUUAUAUUAAAUAAUAUCUACUGUGUACGUGUCCACUUUUAGAGGUAUUUUUACUCUUACUUUUAUGUCCUUAUAAAGUUUAGUGAGUUAGACUUAUUGACUUGUAUGCAUAUCCAAAUGCCUUAUAUUGACAUUGUUUACCCUUUUAACCUUUAAAGUGAUACAAAAAUGCAUUUAUCGCAAUUACAAAAUGCCACAAAACCGAAAGCAAAUCUUGAUUUUGUGCGGUCAACGUUAUUUCAAAAUUUGCUAUCACGUGUUUUACUGAAUACCUUAAAUUCUAUGUUGCUUUAUAUGCUAAUGAUUUAUUUUAAGUAACAAGUAUCUGGAUUAUAAAGUGUAAUGAAUCUGGAAACAUAUAUUCUGUCAUUAUUUACUCUAUGACGUCGAAGGUGAAUAAAAGUGUUAUAAUAUA